AUGCGGCCCGCUUCCAAGGACUGUGUGCUCUCCUUCUCCGUGGCCGACGUCAACCAAAGCCAUGGGAGGUGUCCGAAUGACUUUACUGGUGAUCGCUGUCAAAACUACGUCAUGGCCAGUUUCUACCAGCAUCUUGGGAUUGAAUUUAUGGAAGCGGAAGAGCUCUACCAGAAAAGAGUCCUGACAAUCACGGGGAUCUGCGUGGCUCUGCUGGUGGUGGGCAUUGUGUGUGUGGUGGCCUACUGCAAAACCAAGAGACAGAGGAAGAAGAUGCACAAUCACCUACAGCAGAACAUGUGUGCAGAUCACCCAAACCGGAACCUAGCGAACGGACCCAAUCACCCAGGACCUGGCCCUGAGGAGAUACCCAUGGUAGAUUACAUCUCUAAGAAUGUGCCUGCAACGGAGCGAGUCAUAGGGCAUGUACCAGAGGACUCGUUCCCCGGCAGCCAUGCGUCUUCCAGAUCUCACAACUCCUCUACCCAUGCCCAUUCAUCCACUCACAGACACGAGGAGCGGACAUGGAGCCUGGAGCGGACUGACAGUGUCCUCUCAGACUCACCAGGCAUGAUGUCGUCCUCCGUGGGGACCAGUAGGUGCAACAGUCCUGCGUGCAUGGAGGCCAGGGCCAGGCGUGCCGCACACUGUGGCUCUACUGUGCCCCACCGGCCGGGCCUGCAGUACGAAGACUCGUUCGAUUCGCUGGGGGACUCUCCACACAGCGACAGGUAUGUGUCAGCCCUGACAACGCCGGCCCGCCUCUCUCCAGUGGACUUCUUUUACUCGCUGCCCCCGCAGGUGCCUACCUUCCAGAUCACCUCCCCCAACACCAGCCAGGCCAUGUCCCUGCCGCCCGCCGCCCACACCCCCUACCCUCUGGAGGACGACCAGCCUCUGCUGCGGCGCUACCAGGUGCCCCUGCACGACGUUCAGCGCCAGGAGCCCUACCGGCAGCAGCGCCGCACCUACCUGAACGACAGCACGGGCAGCCUGGCCUCUAGUCCCUACAGGCUGGCUGAGGAAGAAGACUACGAGACCACACAGGAGUACCUCUCCUCCCGUGAACAACCAAAGAAAAGUGGGACCGGCAGCGGUGGUGUUGGGGGUCGGCGCUUGCGGAGGUCCAGACUGAACGGCUACGUAGCGCCGAGAGGAUACGAGGCGUCACGGGACUACGGCUCUCGCAGCUGCCUGACGGACAGCGAGUCGGAGGAGGAGGGCGAGAGCACGCCCUUCCUCAGUAUGCAGAAUAUGAACGCGGAGCCCUCCACCAUCUGCAGGCCGGCCAACAGUCGGACUUCUCAGUCACACUCUUCGGGGCGGCACGGUGCACGCGGGACUGUACAGACCAGACAGACGCACUCACGGUCCAAACCGGACAAUGUACCCCAUUAAAGAAAGAAGAUGAGCUACCAAUGAAAAUCAAUAUAGUAUAAACCUGCACCUAUACAAAAUAUUUUUAUUUUAUAUAACUGACAGAUAUUCUAAACAAAUGAAAUAUUUAUUUUCAUUUUUAGCAAAAGUUGUCUACUAGUUAACAGCAAAGACUUUUUUAUAGGGAAAACUCUAUUUAUAUGUACAUUUUGAUUUACAGUAUAAAAAGACGUGCCAAUUUUUUCACAACUUCAAAAAUUGAGUAAUAUUGUGGUGCCUUUUGCUGUAUGCCGAUGGCAGAGGGCCAGUGGAAGUUUUUGUAGCCUUUCUUAUAUGGACAUCAUUUUUUAUACACGUUUCCUCUUGUUUUCUUUUUUGGGCUUUGUUUUUUUUCUUUUCAGGCUGCGUUCUUCUGGGAGUCUAGCCCCAUUUGAACAUUACCGUUCCCCUUCAACCUCAUGCAAUAUAAACCACUUAAUCAUAAGGUGUAUGUUUACAUGAAUAUAAUUCACCUAUAGGGUUUAUCAUUUUGGGACUCUCCAGUAGAACAUCUGAUCAAUGCAACACAGGUCCUUGCUCUCUGAGUGGGGAGGAGUGUUUGUG